CAACCAUACAGUGUGAAAAUGGCGCUCCCCAUUGGACGCGCUUGGCACGUUCGACUGUGUUUAGUUAAUUUUAAGGUUUUAAUAAGAUCCAGUAUUCUUAAUCGUUGUGCAGUUCAUUCUGCAUCCUUGUUACGAAAUGUUGAUACACCUACUUCACCACCUAGUGCUGAAUUAAAUCACCCAGAGCAGCCAAAACCCGUGACAAAAGCGGAGAGAAUCAGUAAAGCUAUGGUGGCCUAUCUUCAAAGAGCCACAGCACACGACAACAUGAUUAAAGACCAAAUAGCAGAAUACGAGAUUGGAAAGCGACACCUGGCGAACAUUAUGGGCGAGGAUCCAGAUUCGUUUUCUCAAGAAGACGUGGACAGAGCAGUAGAAUAUCUUCUACCUUCGGGGCUUUUUGAAAAAAAAGCAAGACCUUUGAUGAAACACCCGUAUGAAGUGUUUCCCCAGAAGAAGCUAGCUCAGUUUGGGGCUGAUGGCCGUCCUUUUCACUUCUUGUUUUACACGGGUAAGCCGAACUACUACCAGCUCAUGUACGAUGCGACAUGGAAAUAUGAAGCUCUGAAGACCGAGGAGGAUCGUCUCGUUAAAAAGGGACUUUUAUCAACGAUAGAGCACAAGAAACUGUCUCUGUAUGGAAGUGAAUGGGUGGUGCAUGACACACUACAGACCAUGUUGGUGGAAAAGUUUGGUCCUCAAGAUCAUACUCGAUUCGCUUUGUUGAUGGAAAGACUUGCCAAUCACCCUCUGUCUUUCAUGGAGGAAGAAUUUAUUAUGAAAUAUCGGCGAAAGCUCACAGCACAGUCUUUAACCCAGGCUGUUCCCAAACCAUUGGUCGAUGAUGAAGGCAGGGAAUUUAUGACGGCCAAGGGCUUGCGGAAGAGUUCUACCGCAGAAGUCACUGUGUGGAUAAAAGGGUCGGGAAAACUGACAAUCAAUGGUCAAGAUCUUGAAUACUUCAGUCGAUUGUCAGAUUACGAACAAAUCAUGUUUCCGUUGCAGUUUCUUGACAUGAUCGGAAAGGUUGACGUGGUUGCCACGGUCAGUGGAGGAGGUCCCACAGGCCAGGCUGGCGCCAUACGAUUGGCUCUCGCCAAAGCCCUGACAAGUUUUGUGGAGGCUAGCACCGUUGAGAAAAUGAGACUUGCUGGUCUCCUACAGGUAGACUUUAGACGACGGGAGAGGAAGAAACCAGGACAAGUGAAAGCCCGAAAGAAAAAUACUUGGAAAAAACGUUAAACAUGUUGAUUGAUUUUUGUGCUAAAUUGGUAGAACUUUUUCUUUCUCUUUUGGUUUAUGUAACUAAACAUGCAUUUUACAUAUACUCACAGAUGGUUUUGAAAGUGACCAAUACAGGACAUAAAUAAGAAGACUUAAAGUUAGUGUUUAAAGUAAAAAUGGUGCACUCGAACUGAAAUCAUUUCAAGUUUUGGACAGUAAAAUUGGAUGAAACAGUUGUAAUAUUUGAGCAUUUCAUUGAUGUAUUUAUAUACUAGAAAUUAUAAAUAAACAGACUACAUUUACAUGUGUAUAGACCUGUCUAAAUGUGUUCCAUUUAAGUACAAUAAGUACAGGUCUGCAAAUACAAAGAGAUUGUACGUGGAAAUGGUUUAUUUAAAUAUUUUUGUAAGAAUAUAACAUUUCUAAUAUUAUACAGGUACUAAUAGUACUAGUAAUUCUAAGUAUUACAAACUAUACCUACAUGUAGCAUUUCCCUGACACAACACUGGACAUUCAAUCAUCCUCACAUUCCAGUUUAACAGGGUUUCUGCCAGAGGGUAAAAUGGGUAUGGCACCAUACCCAUAUUUUUUUUUAUUUUUUUUUUUUAAAGUUAACCUUUUAACAAAAUUAAUUACUCUUAUCAUUAAUAUAUGAUUUUCUUAACCCUAACCCAUUUUCUUUCUGGGGGAGGCCCCCACACCCCGUUGACUGUGGUUGCAUUCAAUUCCAUAGCGCCAUACCCAAAAAUUGCUUUCUAGCAGAAACACUGAAUUAGAAGAAUUACACGUGCAAUGAAUACAA